AAAAAUCGUCACACUUUCACAGGGAGAAUCCCUUCAUGCAGUCAUGAAACAGACUAACAAGAACAAGACAACUGGACCUCUGUCCUUAACUCCCAGAUUAUCUAUCACACAGUUCGGGCAAACUUUAAGGAGUGUUACAGUGAUAAAUAAAGAAUGACUUCUGUAGGUUAAUAAGCGUGCCGCCCGGCCCGGAGACGCAGCAGUGCCGCUUUUAGGAGGUGGCAGCGAGGGGACUGCAGGGGACGCCCCCUGAGCGCUGCUGUCGGCACGGGUACUCGCGUGCUUCUCCAAAACCUCACCCAUAAAGAAAAUUGCUGAUUUUUUUAUUUGGAAAUAACCGCACAUACAUCAACGUCACUAAGUGAAGCUGCAGUUAUGGCUAAAUGUCCGCCGUUACUUUUCGUGAAAAUAUUUUCUGUGCUGGCUAUAAAAGUAUUUUGCCAGGACUUAAGCCUCUUCGACGCCCUUGAUGAACUCCAGGACAAAACACCUACAAUGAAGCCUAAUCCAGGAGCAACUGGAGGAGGUGCAGGAGGAGCAGGCGGAGGGAGCCCUGGAGAUGGCAUGAAGACCGUCACUAAUAUGCCAGCCAGACCCAAAGGAAGGCUAACUCUGUCCGAUGACUUAAACAUCCUGGAUGCCCUUGACGAGAUGGAGGAUGAGACACCAACAAUGAAGCCUAAUCCAGGACCGACUAGAGGAGGAACAGGAGGAGCAGGAGGAGGGAGAUCUGAAGAUGGCAUGAAGACCAUCACCAAAGCACCAGUCAGACCCAAACCUAAGCCAGCUGCGGAUGACUUUGACCUGUCUGAUGCUUUGGACCCAAAAAAUGACAUUGUGGAGAAAGGCAAGAGUGAGAGAGGUGGCCAGUUCACAGACGAUGACCUGAGCAGCAUCACAAAUGGUGGAGGCUACGCUCCUGACAAAGGCAGAGGGGAAGGGAGAUCCUCUACCGUAGACUCAGCCGACGGCGCCACUUCUGACACCACCAUGGAGAGUGGCACCAUCGCGGGCAUUGUUAGCGCUUUGGCUAUGACUCUGCUAGGUGCGGCUGGCAGCUACAUCUCCUACCAGAAGAAGAGGUUGUGCUUCAGCGUGCAGGAGAGCCUGAACGCUGCGUACGUGAAGGGAGAGAAUCCUGAGGAUGUGGUCUGACAGGAGCAGCUUGUUCAGCAGUUGCUACUACAGUCACCUAACUGGUAGUCGGCCAGACACACAGCCCUGGAUGAAGACGGUGGAUAGAAGUCCCAGCUGCACAGCCCCAUUUAGGGGCUGCAUGCUGUGUAUCGUCAAUCUUUGUUGUUGUGUUUUUUAAUACUGUUUGCUGUAGCACAUGAGACAGACUUUGGAUGCUUUUGUAACAACUGGUAGAAGACUGGAUAUACUUUUCAAAAAUGAACUUUUGGGGGGUUACCUUUGAAUGUAUGUUUUAGAUGAAGGAUAAUUUUUCCUCUAUUUUGGAAGCCACAUCUGAAUUUGAAUUCCUGUGACAGUGUGACAGAGAGCCUCUGGUGUAAUGCCUGACGUGUUCGCUUCUUCUUUCCCCACAAUGAAUUUGUAGAAUGAGGAAAAGUUUUGUUUUUUUUCCUAAAAUUAUUUGAACUGCUGUUUGGAAAAAUAAAGUUUCUGCCCUCUUUCCUGAA